CUGCAGCAGGUCACCACCAGGGAUGGUAAGAUUAGAGAAACUGUCUCAGCCGUUUUCUUCAUUUUUAAUGUCAUCAACAUUUUAACAGCAGUUCCAAGCAGGAGUUUACAGAUUGAGUCUUACUGUCAGUUCCUCCUUUGAACAAUGUCAAGAAGCAACAGGAUCAUGAUCAACUCCACACAGGAUUCAUUUUUCACACUGAGUGCCUACGUUGACAUUGGGAUUUUCAAAUACUUGUGCUUCCUGAUUGUUCUGGCUGUUUAUAUUGCAACUAUCUGUGCUAACGUUUUAAUCAUUGUGACUAUCUGCAUUACCAGAAGCCUCCAUGAGCCCAUGUACCUGUUUCUGGUCAGCCUGUUUGCUAAUGAACUGUAUGGUAGUACAGGGUUGUUUCCAUUCCUGCUGGUUCAGAUCCUCUCUGACGUUCACACCAUUUCUUAUUCACUCUGUUUCCUGCAGGUUUUCUGUCUGUACUCUUAUGCAAUGAUUGAAUUUCUGACCAUAGCUGUCAUGUCUUAUGACAGACAUCUCGCCAUCUGUUAUCCUCUACAAUAUAAAACACGCAUGACGUUUAACAAGAUUAUGUUUCUAAUUGCUUUAACGUGGGCAUAUGCAUUUUUUAUCAUGGUUUUAAUGGGGUAUUGCCUGGCUGGCCGUUUGCAGCUGUGUGGGAACAUCAUCAACAAAGUGUAUUGUGACAACUAUUAUAUUGUCAGACUGGCCUGCUCUGACACCACGGUCAACAACGUGUUUGGACUCUUUAACAUGUUCACUGUCAUCUUUGGUCUGAUUGUUUUUAUCCUGUACACUUAUCUGAGGAUCCUUAAGGUGUGUUUUUCUGGCAGUAAACAGACCAGACAGAAAGCCGUCAGCACCUGUAUACCUCACCUGGUUUCCCUCGUCAACUUCUCCUGUGGGACUUUCUUUGAAAUAGUACAGAGCAGGUUUGAUAUGAGCAGUGUACCCAAUGUGCUGCGAGUUUUCUUAUCAUUAUACUUCCUCACGUGUCAGCCGCUCUUCAACCCAGUACUGUACGGGCUCAGGAUGUCCAAAAUACACGCCACAUGUAAAAUUCUUCUUGUUGGUAAAAAAGAAACAACCAAAAACAACAAACAUGAUAAGUGCAGAGCAGUAAUGUGAGUUUUUAAUGUGUAUGCGCAACAUAAAUAAACCUGAUUUCAGCAGAUGUCUCAACCCUCUAAACUCCAAGCAGUUUCUGUGUGUUAUUUGCUCCCGUCACAUUUUUCUGGGAGAUAUUCAGUUCUGUGCCUCGAUGAAAACAGGACCUACAGAGAAGCCAGAAUGUCUUCUGUGCAGUAUGACACAGCUGCAGCACCACAGAUCAUAAAAAAGAAAAAAAAAUUAUUCUUUAAUUAUUCAUUUCACAAAAAUUGAAAAGAAAAUUGUGUCAUCUGCAUUUUUCCUCAGUGUCCAUAUAUGUUAUCAACACUCGAAAAUAAUGACUCUACAGAAACUACAUAAGCGCAAUACAUAUUUUGUAUUAUUUACAUUUUUGAUUUGUUUCCAUACUUGUCCUGAAAAGUCUCAUUUUUGACUGUUGGCAACAGCUUAAUCAGUCAUACUCAUAAUAUUUUUUAAAUUUUUGUCAAAUUUUUAAAUGAGGAAAAUUGAAAUAGUUUUUGCUGAAAUAUCCUGAUUUGAAGCUAAAACUUGGUUAAUUUUCCUGACGGAACUUCAUAUGAUUUAGUCAAGGCCAGUCAGAAAGCUGGAAAGCCUUUUAAUUUCUUUCCUCUUUCAAUUGAUUUUGGUUUUUAUAGUUUCUUUCUGAUAAUUUUGAUAUUAUCUUAAAAGACAACUUGUGUUCCAAACUUUGUUUUGAGGUUUUAAAGCUUAAAUUCUAAUUCAACUCAAAUGUCUGUGUUUAAAAUCAUGUUACCAUCUGUUAAUUGUUUCUUUGCCACACACUGACACAGUAAUCCUUUUGCAAGGGAUUAUCUUAACGGCAGUGAUGAAAUGAAUCCAUAUCAGAACUAUUUCCAGCUUUAAAUCGGUAAAUCACUUUUUCAGUUGAGAAAACGGUUACAAUGUUUAAAUAAUCUGAGGUCUUUUUUUGUUUAUUCUUUCCAAGCAAACAGUAUAAUAUACAGAUAUACAAAGAGGAUGAAGAAGAAGAAAGAUCUGAGUAUAAAAUACAGCUACAACAUUAUUAACUCAUUUUUAACUCUUAUUUUCUGUGACUAAUCUGACAUCAUUAACACCACUUCAAGGGUUCUCAGACACACUGAGACACUUAUCUUUUACUUUCCAGCAACAUAUGCAUGGAACAGAAGAGAAAUACUAAAAAGAAAGAUUUGAUUCCACAAAUUAAAACAAAGUUGUGUGAAAAUACUUCAGCGAAAAGUUCCACAACUGUUUCAAACACACAAAAUAAAACCACUAAUUAGUCUGACCAGUUACAUCAGCACCACAAAGCUCUGAGACGAAUGCAAAGCCAGAGCUGAAUAAGAUCCAAAGCUAAAAACUAUUCUAGAGGUUUUUACAAGCCAACUACCAGCAAACAAAAGCUGUUGAAGUCACCUGCUUAAAAUUAGUGUAUAUUUUCAUAUCACAAUAUUCAAGGGUGGAAACAAAAAAUGACAUACAUUUGUAAAGCUGCGAUGCUACAAGAAGGAAGUGUGCAUGAACCCAAUAAGAGCAUACAACCCAGUGUGCAUGUAUGGAAAAUCAUAUAAUAAUAAAAACUAUGCAACCAUCAGUGUCCACAGCUCUCAGUGUGCUCAUUUAC